AUGCCGCGUGUCCUCGCGACCAGAGUACACGGCAAGGGCACAGCUUCCAGCGCGCAAUUAGAUUUCACAGAAAGACUACUGAAGUUUGGUGACGGCCGCUUUGCCACCGUCGAACUGUGGCAAAUCGAUGGUCCGGAACGGAGGCUCGUCGCUCUCAAACGAGUCCACGGGAAUACGCCAACGAACGGGACGACUUCCGAUUCUGAUGGCGCCCCGGCUGACUGCCCGACACAGUCGCAAUUGUUUGGUGAGAUCGACGUGCUCAAGAAGGUGCACCAUCAGAAUUGUGUCACGCUCCUCUAUUACUACUGGAUAACCCCCGGCACACCGGCAGAUGGCUACAAUCUUAUACUCGACUACUUGCCCAAGGAGAUUGGCAAAAUACUGAAGGCCUCGCGGAACGGUUUUGGUCUACAAAAUACGAAGAUCCUUUCAUGGCAACUCUUCAACGCUUUGGCGUAUCUUUCAUCGAUGCACAUCAUUCAUCUCGACAUAAAGCCGGCCAACCUGAUCUUCGACGAGACAACGAUGCAGCUGAAAAUAGCAGACUUUGGAAAUGCUCGAAUUAUCAACUAUGACGUCCCGCAUAUUUCCUAUCAGGUAACGCGUUAUUACCGGCCACCCGAGUUGCUCUUCGGCUCGCGGCGUUUCACCUGUGGGAUAGACGUUUGGUCGGCUGGUUGUGUGAUGGCCGAGAUGGCGACGGGAAAAGUCCUGUUCCGCGCAACCAGCACAAAACUUCAAGCUAAUUUGCUGGUCGCGGUGCUCGGCUACCCGAGUGAAGAUGAUUUGAAGACGAUGAACGUUGGCAGACCGCGCGUCCGGAAGGGCAAUAAACUCGGUUUGCUGAAGCACCUCCCACAGCUCCCGAAGGACAUGGUGCCCCUUCUCGAAAGGAUCCUCGUCUAUAGCUUGAAACAACGGAUCCCCGCUCAUAAGAUCUUGUCGCAUCCCUUUUUCUCUGACUUGAAGGGGUUGAAGCGGCCGGACGAUUCCGCACCUGAUUUCGGAUUUGACAUUGAAGAGCAGGCUACGCAAUACGAUGAGGACAUGCCC